CCGAAUGCAAAGAUCGAACCAUGAAACUCAUCCAGAAGACUAAACUGUCAACUUCCUCGAUGAUUUAUUUCUAAAUAUGAGAAUACAAUACUAAUAUAAUGGUCGUGCAGGUCAUGUGGGGCAAGGCAACCCGAUCAAUUCAUGAAAAUGGAGAUGAAAUCGAUAACAUUGAAGACCCGCAGCCAUUUACUGGUUAUUACAAUUAUCAAACCACACCUCGCCCAUGGCGCGGAUAUACUCAUCCAGGCAAAAACGGCAAAAAUCAUGACAAAAAAUGUGAUUGCCCUCCUGGACCUCAAGGACCCCCAGGUAAUGAUGGAAAUCAAGGUCCGAAUGGAGAGAAAGGUGAAUCCGGUUUAGGCGGAAAUCCAGGAAGGAACGGAAAAGAUGGCAGUCCAGGGACCCCUGGUUCUAAAGGUCUAGACGGCUGGCCUGGCUUACCCGGUGCACCCGGCCCAAAAGGAUUGAAUGGCGAAAUUGGACCUAAAGGAAGUAUGGGUUUGCCAGGCUCUCCUAGCGAUAGUGGGAAAAAUGGGAACCCUGGAUUACCCGGGAGAGACGGAACCCCAGGAGCCCCAGGGACAGAUGGUUUUGAUGGGCUGCCAGGUCUAAAAGGUGAAAAGGGAGAUAGGGGUUUUGAUGGAUUGAACGGUCCACCCGGUAUUAAAGGUGACAGGGGCUCGAUUGGUUUGCCAGGUGAUAACGGUCCAACCGGGCCCUCUGGAUCUCCUGGGAGUCAGGGAUCAGCAGGGACUCCAGGGAGUCAGGGUCCACCAGGAAAUAGAGGCCUUCCCGGCCAAAAUGGGCCACCCGGACCGAAGGGAAUGACUGGAUCCGCUGGUAGACCAGGCUUAGAUGGGUUGGAUGGAACUCCUGGUUCGCCAGGUCCCAAAGGAGAAGCAGGCCUACCUGGGAGAACCGGGUCUAACGGACAACCGGGACAAAAUGGAUGGACCGGUCCUAAAGGGGAUAAAGGAGAUGCAGGUCUUCAGGGAAUUCCAGGAACGGGGCAAAAUAUACCGGGUCAAAGAGGAGACAAAGGUGAUAGAGGGGCGUCUGGACAGAGCGGUCCAGCUGGAAGUCCAGGAGUUCAAGGCCCACCCGGACAAAGUGGACCAGCAGGACCUAAAGGAUCCGAUGGGUAUAAUGGAAAACCGGGGCUAAAUGGACUGCCUGGGUUGAAGGGAGAAUCAGGCCAACCUGGCAUUCCAGGUUCAGGUAAAGAUGGGAAUCCGGGGCAAAAUGGUCGACCUGGAGAAACUGGCUCGCCAGGGCAGACUGGGCCUACUGGAUUUAAAGGCGAUAAAGGAGAUUCUGGAACUUGUGACCAAUGCAACGGGGGUGAUCAACAUUCCACGGGAACAGGGUAUGUUAGAUGGGGCUCUUUGACUUGUCUUUCAAAUUCACGUCAAAUUUAUUUCGGUCAAAUGGCUAGCGGACAUUACCACUAUACUGGCAGUGGCGGAAAUUAUCUGUGCCUUCCGGAUAUGCCCACUUAUGAGACAUAUAAGGAUUCUUUCGAAACGAGUUCAGCCAUUUUUGGUGUCGAAUACCGAGUUUCGACUUCUGUUGCGGUAUUUAAUAUCGAACCAGGUUCUAGGAUGAAUAAAAACGCAGCUUGCAGCGUAUGCUUGGCGGAAAAUUUUUCCAUCAAUAUGAUGUUUCCGGGAAUGAUUGCGUGCCCAUCUGACUUUCAAAUUGCUUAUAAAGGUUUCCUAAUGGCGGCAGACGAAAAAUAUUCCCGAAAUGAGUACGUUUGCGUUGACCAAGGUCUCGAUAUCUAUCCUAAUGGCGGAAAUAUUUUAGCUCAAGGUGCCAUAUUAGAGCUUACCGAGGCGCAUUGCGGAAACCUUAAUUGCCAGAAGUAUCCUACCGGAAGAGAGAUUCCUUGCGUGGUGUGCUUGAGAUAAAAAUAAGAAGAAAUUAGGUCCAAAAGGAACAUGAAAAUUGAAAAAAAAAUACCAAAAGAAUUAGAAAAUCCUAAAUGAUAAAUAUCGAUAUCUUUCCAAGCCAUUUUAAAACU